UUUAUUUUGGUUAAUUUUACACUGGGCUCUUGUUUCAAGCAACGCUCGCAGGACACACGUCCAUUCAUUCAGGCGUCCUUAUUUACCGGUGUGCGGGGACUGGCGUUGUGCGUUUGAAGUGGUCCACCUGCAGUCAUGUCAGGCUCAACCUCCCCGCCUCCCCCGGCAGAGGCUGUGGGAACCGAGGGGUGCUUUCCCCCCGGAUACAAGCCUUUCAAACCCGAGGAGCACGGCCUGGAGCGCGGGUUCCGUCUCACAGCCUUUUCGGACAUGAAGGGAUGAGGCUGCAAGGUCCCGCAGGAGGCUCUGCUCAAACUCCUGGCGGGACUGGAGGCGGACCGGGCCGACGGAACUGGGAAGGCCGGAGACCAACCAUCGGAGUUCGGCCAACCGUUGCCCGGCCCCCGACUCGGUGUGGGGAUGGACUGCUGUGUGAUUCCCCUGAGGCAUGGAGGGCUCUCUCUGGUCCAGACCACAGACUUCUUCUACCCUUUGGUGGAGGAUCCCUACAUGAUGGGCAGGAUAGCAUGUGCUAACGUCCUCAGUGAUCUCUACGCCAUGGGCAUCACAGAGUGUGACAACAUGCUGAUGCUGCUGAGUGUCAGCCAGAAGAUGAAUGACAAGGACCGUGAGCGGGUGAUGCCGCUGAUGAUUCGAGGGUUUCGUGAUGCGGCAGAGGAGGGAGGGACUUCUGUGACAGGUGGCCAGACGGUGAUCAACCCCUGGAUCAUCGUAGGAGGAGUAGCAUCAGUCGUCUGCCAGCCUAAUGAGUUCAUCAUGCCGGAUGGUGCAGUACCAGGUGACGUCUUGGUUCUGACUAAACCUCUGGGGACGCAGGUGGCUGUGAAUGCCCACCAGUGGCUCGAUCAGCCUGAAAGGUGGAACAAGAUCAAGCUAGUCGUCACCAAAGAGGAGGUUAAAGAGGCCUAUCAGGAAGCCAUGUUCUCCAUGGCAACGCUAAACCGCACAGCGGCAGGCCUAAUGCACAAGUUCCAGGCCCACGCUGCAACAGACGUGACAGGUUUCGGGUUGUUAGGGCACGCCAACAACCUGGCAGCACAGCAACGAAACGAAGUGGCCUUCGUCAUCCACAACCUGCCAAUCCUAGCCAAGAUGGCUGCCAUCAGUAAAGCUUGUGGAAACCUGUUCAACCUGGUUCAGGGCACAUCAGCAGAGACUUCUGGCGGGCUGCUGGUGUGUCUGCCCAGAGAGCAGGCGGCCAAGUUUUGCUCGGAGAUGAAGAGUCAGAGCUCCGCAGCUGGAGGUCAGGGGGCGGCGGGCGGAGCGUGGAUCAUCGGGAUCGUAGAGAAAGGCGACCGGCGCGCUCGAAUCAUUGACAAGCCCCGCAUUAUCGAGGUUCCACCACGAGGAAGCCAGGCAGCAAAUCAGGACAACAGCUCCACCAGCCCUGCUCCUAGCCCCAAUUUGUCAUAGACACUGCACUGCUGCCCCCUCCCCCCAUUGUUGGUGAGCGUGUGUGUGUGUUGAUGUUGCUGUCCAUCUCAUCCCCCUUUUCGGUCAAAAUACUGAGAGCAUUUUUUUUUCUGUGGGAGAGGGAAUGGACUGCAUACACUAUUAUUUAUCCAUCUUUGGAAAGAGCUGCAGGCUUACCCUUCACCAUUUUGGAAUCAAAUAUAAAUUAAGGGUGGUGCGCUGUCCUACCCCACCUCUGCCUUUCCUUUUUCCCUUUCCCAAUCCAUAUAGACAACUGACUUUAUUUAAUUUAUCUGAAUGCAAAAAAGGUUUCUGGGGAAAAUGAAUUUCAAUUCUAAAAAGAAAACAUUCCAAAUCAUUUUUGUCAGCGAAUAAUGAAAAGUGUGUGUGUGUUUGAGUGUUUGAGUAUUUUAUCAUUUGACUGGGGUGCUUUGCUGUGGGGACGUAGAACAGAGGUUUUUGUUGACUUUUCUUUUGGAAGUGUAUGAUGUUAAUGUCUCGUGUGGGUGAAUGAACGUGGUUCAUCUGUCCUGGCACCUGGCUCUGCCCACCGAGCCCAGAGGAAGGCUUGAGCAGCUUCCUUUGGACCACCUGGGCGGUGUUCAGAAUGUCCGUCUAUGUCAGCUGAUUGGCUGUCCAGCACCAAGUCCCGCCCACCCUUCCUUUUUAUGAAGCUCUGCCUUUUAAACCCCAGCCAACUGGGGCAGGUGGAGUGGAUGUUUGCCUUUGGAUUGGGGUCGGACUUAGACUGCUGGAGGUCUAAAGCUCUGUGUUUGUAGAUUUCCUGCUUUUCACAAUCAAUAAAACCAUCAUUAACUCUAAUAACUUAA